GCCUAUGGGCCGCCGGUAGUUGGUGGGACGAGGUUAUAAACCGCCGGAGGCCGAGAAGCCCCCGGCUCCCUGCACCUGUACACCCCGGGGAGGAGGAGGAGAGCAGGGAAUGUGUCCAUAGAUGGUUUGUCCGUCUGCUGUACUCGGGAUAUUACAGAUCUGCAUGUCGUAGACUGGCUAUGGGUGACUGGAGGACAGGAAACAUGCCGGAAUCAGAAAGCAGAAUUUUCUCGCGAUACAACUCUGAGCCCAGAAUGACUUCCUCGGCCCCCCUACAGCCCUCCUUCAGCAUAGCCAAAAUGUCUCAGGAGUCAAACUUUUGUAACGAAGACAACGUAGAGCAGUGUACAACCUACAUUGACCAGGAGCUCCUAACCUUGGGGUUUCCUUCAUUGCAAACCGUAUCCAAAAAUGGUGGCGGUAGGAGGCUGCAUGUAGUGUCCAUCAUGAACUGCAUCCACGAGCUGCUCCAGCGACACACCCGAGACCUGAGAAGGCGAGAAGAUGCCGAACUGCAGAUCCUUAAAGUGAACAGCGACCUGGAGCAUCUGCAGAACAUUCACAGCAAACUUAAGGAUCAGCUGGAUCUGACAAAGCGAGAGAACGCUGCUCUCCUGGAGAGAGAGCGACAGCAGCAGUGCAAAAACCAUAACCUGCUGCAGCUGCUGAAGAAUGAAAGAGAAGAGGUUCAGAAGCUGCAGAACAUCAUUGCCAGUCGCUCCACUCAGCACAAUCAUAAUAUGAAGAGGAAGGAGCGGGAGUAUAACAAGCUGAAGGAGAGAUUGUACCAGCUGGUGAUGGACAAGAAGGACAAAAAAAUCUCCAUCGAUGUGCUGAACUACGUGGGUCGAGCUGAUGGCAAGAGGAUGGCAUGGAGAACCAGCAAAACAGAUGCCAAAAAUGAGGAGGAGAUGUACAAAGUUCUGCUGAGUGACUAUGAACAGAGGCAGAAGCAGCUGAUGUUGGAGAAUGCAGAACUGAAGAAAGUCCUCCAGCAAAUGAAAAAAGAAAUGAUCUCUGUCCUCAGCCCCCCAAAACCCAAAACUAAAGAGAGACUAGAGGAUAGCCUUGGCCCAGCUGCUUCAGACGGGGAGGAUGAUGCCGCCGACUCCAGCAAGGACAACGUGAUUGAGUUAUCAUGUGAGGCGGUGAGAGAGCAGCUGGUCAACAGCAUCCGUCAGCAGUGGCGCAGACUGAAGAGCCACGUGGAGAAGCUGGACCACCAAGCUUCUCAAGUGCGUGUGGCCUCCCCCGAUCGCAAAGGGUUGAUUUCCAGAGAUGAUCAUGAAAAGGAGCUUGAGCAAUUAAAAAAGGAAAUUCAAAGCUGUAAAGAAACCAUAAAGAACCAGCAGCACCUAUUACAACAAGAGGUUGUUGUAGCAAGUGAUGAUGAUACCUCCACCCUGCUGCGGGAUUGCUACCUCCUAGAAGACCAGCAGCGGCUCCAGCAAGAAUGGGAACUCUUCAAUGAGCAGAAGAAAAACUUUGAAAAGGAAAGAAGAAAUUUCACUGAAGCUGCAAUCCGCCUUGGCCAUGAGAGAAAAAUGUUUGAGGAAGACCGAGCUCUGUGGUUAAAACACCAGUUCUUGAACAUGACUUUGUUUUCUGACCGGAAGAGCUCCGAGCACUGCCAACCUCGAAGUGCCUUAAGCCUUGAUGAAGAAUCUCAGAAUAUCCAGUCAAAGUCUCCUCAAAGUAACCUUCGCGCAUCACCUUCAGCAGAUCUCACAAGAAGCACUGGAAAAUCACUGCCAGCUACUCCUGCCACCAAGCAGCCUCUUCACAGAUACAGAACCGCUCUAAUAGAUCCGAACGGCAGCGACCUGUGAAGUCCUGACAGAUUUCGAUGCUGGAUCAUCCUCCGUUCUUGCACACACCGGCCAGUGGCCUUCUUUCUGAAUUAUUGUCUAAAUUGAUACUGCAUAUCUCCCUGGUCUGAUCCGUUUCUCUUGCUAUAAAUUUCACUGCCCGCCUAGAUGAGUUGUGGCCAUCCUAAAUACUGGAGCAAAUGGAGUAUGUAGCCUUUGUGGCCAGUUUUAUAUUUUUUCCCUGUACUGUUUGGCGUGCUCUAGGUCGUGUCCUGUGUAUGUAUGUGUUGUAUGCAGAUUUCGUAGCUUGUGGCUGAAUGCGGAAUAAUGCUUUUUCUCAGGGAAUAAAGUUUAGAGCAAUCUCAUGGCCUUACAUUGGCUGAACACAUCUGAAGUGCAUACGUAUGGUAUACCGGAACAGAGUGCAGACUUACAGAUCAUUCAAGGGGAAGAUAUACUGGGGUGCACUGUGCCUGCUGGUCGGCCAGACCCCCAUUGAAUGUACUCAUAGGUCUCCCACUGGUUUGGGAGGUAAUUAAAGUCUUUGAUCUUGACGUGUAGACUUCUAUAACCCAAUGAUCAUGUAUUAUAAAUCGUACAGAUGAAGAGGAUUACUGAUAUGGAGCUACCACUCUCACAUGCUCUAAUUUCAAAUAUCAAAGCAUGUUGGGAAUAGUAGUCAGAAGUUUUUAACGAAUCCUAUCCCAUCACACAAGGUCGGCUGAUUCUUCUUCUUGUUGGAUCAUGUGAUGGCAGCCGCCGUGCUUUAUACUUGCAUGUCAUAGACUCGUUUUAAGCAAUAUUUCAAAGCUAAAUAUCUAUAACCUGAACUUGUAAGGUCUUGUAAUAGGGUCAGAAGUCUUUACUUAAAUUGCUGUGAAUGUUGGUAGGGUCUGUGGACGAGACCUCCAUGGCUCCCAGCACCCUGUGGCAUAACUGUCCAAAAAUGCUGGAGAUUAUAGCGCAGCACCUCCUGGGAAAACCCACGGGAUCCAGACCACAGGCUGCAAUGCCAUAUAGGAAAUGAGGGGGUAGUACAAUCCCAUGUCCUUACUACAUCCUUUAGACUGGCCUCUGUCUGUCUUCAGAUCCACAGAUUUUAUGCCGACAUAUAGUGCACCAUGAACACUACAUUGAAAGGCUUUGACUCGGGAGCAUGCCCCCUCUUUGACAGGUCCGAGAACCAGACCGCUGCUAUCCUGCUAUAUUCCUUUACACAUCAUGUUGCAUAUAGUUGGUUGUACAGGACUGAAUAAAACAUGGCUGCUUUCUUUCUCAUACAGAGCCAGGCCUGUCCACUGGUUGUGCGUGGUAUAAGCUCAUCCCCAUUCACUUCAGGGAAGCUGAGCUGCCAUACCAGGCACACCUGAUGGCGUGGGUCUGUUUCUGGAUGGAAACUGCCAUAUUGGUUUCUAAUCUUGUGCAGCCCCUUUAAAUCCCUUUUUCAUUUCUGUGUCUUUUUUUUAAAUUUUCUUUCUGAUUUUCAGUGUUCAGGCCCCGGGUUGCUCAGCUGCGGACUAUGUAUUGGUGAUUAGGUGCACAGAGCCAUAGUAGAAUCUAGAAGGCUGCCUGCGCAUGAUGCGGAUUAUCAUGCUGAAAAACCGCAGCGUAAUACAGUACCAGCAAAGUUAAUGAGACAAAUUUCAUGUACACUUUUUGCUUUUUAUUUGUUCCAUGCAGAUUUAGAAAUCCGCAGCAUGUCAAUUUGUGCGUUUUUUUUUUUGCGGAUUUCACCCUAUGCAAAACAAGGGUGAGAUCUGAGGCAAAUCAGCAUAAAAUAUACAAGUGACAGAUGCGUGUUUUGGUUUUUUUUU